UCAGAUAUUAAACUGAUAAGAACAGAUACUACACUUGAUCUUAGCCAAAAGGCCGAGAAAGGUAUGAGUUGCCCUGGUGUCCUGCCCCUUCUUUUAUAUCUCGCUCCCUCCGCGCUCCGCUCUCGGUAGCCGAGGUGGCACUAACGCUUCUGCCUCUUUUCUCCAACACAAACGCAACGGCUGGGUCUGGCCGUCUUUUUCUGUUGGGCUUCCCGCCGCAUCCGGCCCAUUGCUCGAACGGGGGAGGAGCCUGUUGACUUGUACGGUGGUAGAGUCACAGACAACGACGCCGAAGCGCAUCGAUUCGCCGACCGGCCGUUCCCCCUCGUCGCCGCAGCACAGCCGCCGGCUGGCCAGCGGGCAGGCUGCUUCGAUGGGCUCUCCCACGCGGCCGCGGAGGACGACCGGUUUCGCUCUCCUCCUGGUGCUCCUGUUCCUCUCGCCGCUCGCGUCAGCUGGACAACCAAAAGGCGUAUGUGUUUCACCAGGUGGACGGUUCCCUGCCUUCUCGUCUGAAGGCAAGCCUCCAGGAAGAGCACCCAAGGGGCGCAGAGAUCUAGCACUUUGUAGGAUAUUCCGUCAGAAUACAUGUUGCGAUGUGACGCAGACAUUUCCUGCUCUGGUCUCAGUGAGAAACCUUGCAUUGACUGGUGAAGGCAGUCAAGAAUGUAUUCAUUUGUGGGAAUUGCUCGAGUGCUCAAUAUGUGAUCCACGAGUGGGUGUCAGACCUGGACCUCCUGUUGUAUGCGCAUCAUUCUGUGAUAUGGUCUUCAAAGCUUGUUCAGAAUCAUACUUCUCUGUAGAUAUGAAAACACAGGCCUUGUCUCCUUGUGGUUUAGGUGACAUCCUUUGUGGCAAAGCACAUAAAUGGGUCUCUAAUGGCACAGAGUUAUGCCGUCUUGCUGGUUUCUCUGUUCAAGUUUCUGAGACCAGCUCUGAUGGAGUUGAUGACACUUUCUGCUAUGGUGGGAAAGCAAGUUUGGAUUCCAUCUCUGAUUCAUGGACUUCUUCAAAAGAACGUCCAACAUUAAGUGGUGUGGCUUCAUGGGAUGUUCAAGAUUUUCAGAGAUGGGCAAGAGAAAUGCCUGUCGGUGAAAGAGUUUCAUGGGCAAUUGGAGGAAUGGUUCUUACAGCUGGCCUUAUUUUUAUCAGCAAAAGAAAGAGCUACAGCCAUCGCCAGAAGCAAGCUGCUAUUGUUCGCAAUAUGAGAUUGAGAAGGCUGGAUCCUAGAGCCAACCCACAACAAACAAGCGGAGCUAGGAAGGCAUAGGCAACUUAGUGUUACUCAUAGAGGAUUCUUGGACUUGUGUGUCUACUUUUGUGGAUCUAUAUAAUCAAUCAACUAUGAACAAUAGAUUGUAGUCUGUGUCCCCCUCGGUGCUUAGAUACACCAGCUACGACCUCCUUGUCAGCCUUCUAUAGAAGAAGAGUUCUAUAAGUUGUCACUGAGUAUUCCUGGAAUGCAGAACUUAUGGGCUGUGAUGAGCUCAUGUAUAUAUUAUUUGGAAAUGACUUUUUUGCUGCCAUUGAUAUCUAGCUACAUGCCCACAUGA